UUUCAGCCAAAGAGCGACAAAAAAAAGAUUCGAGAAACGGAUCGGCCAAGCUGCGGAACUACUGGAAACGCUGGAGAAAUCAAUAAACACGGAAAGGUGCCAAUGGAGGAGUCAAAGGAGAAUGACGGGAUGUCAGACGGAAAUCUCUGCUGAUGUUGGAUGAACGACGAAAAAAGGGAAAAUCCACGGAUUCUGGUGACGAAAUUCUCCAUAAAAGGAAAGAAAAAGGACGAAAAGGACCGAUGUUGGCUGAAAGGAUAUCUCGUGAACAGGAGCAUGGAAAUCGGAGAACCUGAGAAGUUCCAAUCGACGAAGGAAAAUAAUUUCGAGAUUGUGUGAUCUAACGACGAGAGCAGCUACAAAGGCAACACAAAACGAUCGGGACACAGUCGGAAUGUGGAAAAUCGCCAAAGAAGAGCACAAGACACGGGACGAGAAAAUUUCAAUUAAUUCUAAAUGAAGAAUUGUGUUUUCAAUGAAAAUUUAUUUAUUUAAAUAAAUAAAAAUAAAUUAAUUAA